AUGAGGAAACUUUUUGAUGUUGACCAAGUGCCAUCGCCAGCACCUGUGCUCUCACCUCACGCGGCUCUGAAGAGCCGCGGCAUGGGGAACCAGUGCUGCUGCGAUGAAGACCCCUUGAACAAGCCCGUCGAUGCCAACGUUCUGGUGUGGCGACCGGACCAGCCCUUGCGUCGCCCGGAGCCCACAGCGGCGGAUCUCCUGAAGCGCGACGAGCAGCUGGAUGCGGCUUUGGACCGGAUAGCUCGACAUCAACCGGAUGACCCCUCGCCACGGCAGUCCAUGCCGAAGGCGGCGGAGGUGGCGGAGUUCCGGCGUUCCUCCCAGUACUCUCAGCGCUCGGAGAUAUGUUUUCAAGAAGCACGGCAUCAGCAGCAACUGCUUCAACCUCCCAGCAAGAUCGGCGAGGACGUGGACUCCAACGAGGGCUUACGCCCGCCCAGUGAGGUGAGCAUGCCCGGGGGACAUGUCCCGCAGCACGAGGUGCAGUGGCUUGUGAAGUACGACGGCGACGCCGACCCGGCGGCCAAGGCGCCCGCGCGGCCACAGAGGUCGCCUGAGCAGAGCCCCGUCAGCGCGGCGAUCCCUGUGGCCUCGUCCAAUUCGUCGCCGCCGCACGCGCCGCCGCUGGAGACCUCGCGGGAGGCGCCGCAGCAGACGUCGCGGGAGGCCGCACAGGUGUCGGAGGGUCCGCAGCCUGAGCCAGUGCCAGAGGUGGUGGCCGACCCCCAGGAGGAAGAGGCGGACGAGGAGGUGCCUCUGCUGCCAAUCUGCUUUCAGAAGGAGGACGAGUCCUUUGAGGAUGUCUUCUUCUUCGCCUUUCCCAUUGGUUUUGAUCUCAGCAAGCAGAAGCCCCUCACGGUGAAGCGCGGGCAUCCCAGAUGGGAAGAGAUGGUGGCUGGCCGCUGGUGGCGCUGGUGGCUUCGUAGCCAAGAUGGUCUGAUCCAAGCAUGGUAG